UUGGGCAGGCCCAUACCAACCACAAGAAGGUGGCAGCAGAUGGAGAGAGCAGAGAGGAGACCUUGAUACAGGAGUCAGCUACUAAGGAAGAGUACUACAUGAAGAAGGUUAUGGAGCUGCAGACAGAGCUGAAGCAGCUGAGAAACGUCCUUGCCAACACCCAGUCUGAAAAUGAACGCCUUAAUUCUGUUGCACAGGAACUGAAAGAGGUCAAUCAGAAUGUGGAAAUUCAAAGGUCCCGUCUGCGAGAUGAUAUUAAGGAGUAUAAAUUCAGAGAAGCGCGUUUGCUGCAAGACUACACGGAGCUUGAAGAGGAAAACAUCUGCCUCCAGAAGCAAGUGUCUGUCCUGAAGCAAAAUCAGGUGGAGUUUGAAGGUCUGAAACAUGAAAUCAAAAGGCUCGAAGAGGAGACAGAGUUUCUCAAUAGCCAGCUGGAAGAUGCCAUUCGGCUGAAGGAGAUCUCUGAACGGCAGCUUGAGGAGGCCCUGGAGACACUGAAGACGGAGCGCGAGCAGAAGAACAACCUUCGCAAGGAGCUCUCCCACUACAUGAACAUCAACGACUCCAUGUACAACAGCCACCUGAACAUCUCUUUGGAUGGACUGAAAUUCAGCGACGAAGCCACAGAGCCCAAUAACGAUGAGAUCAUGAAUGGAUUCGAUCAGAACUGCCUCAGCAAACUCAGCAAUGGCAAGAAUAACACUUCAACCCCCAAGAAAAAUGAAAGCUUCCCUCCAGCUCCAAGUCUGGUUUCAGAUCUUCUGAGCGAAUUAAAUAUUUCUGAAAUCCAGAAACUGAAACAACAGCUUGUACAGAUGGAAAGAGAGAAGAUGAACUUGUUAACUACGCUGCAGGAAUCUCAGAAGCAGCUGGAAAAUACGCGCGGAGCCCUCUCGGAGCAGCAUGAGAAAGUUGGCAGGCUCACGGAAAACCUGAACGCCAUGAAGAAGCUCCAGGUCAGCAAGGAACGUCAGUCUGCCCUGGACAACGAGAAGGAGCGAGACAGCCAUGAAGAUGGGGACUAUUAUGAAGUUGACAUCAAUGGGCCGGAGAUUUUAGAGUGCAAAUACAAAGUGGCUGUGGCAGAGAUUACCGACCUGAAGGAAGAACUUAAAAACCUUAAGGCUAAAUACAAGGAGUGUGAGUCUAAGUAUGAGGAGGAGAAGAGCAGAUAUGAGACUGACAGCCAAGCUCUCACUGAAAAGAUCACCUCAUUAGAAAAAUCCAGUAGGCAUGAUAGAGAGCAGGUGGCCAGGCUGGAGAAGGAGCUGAAGAAAGUCAGUGACGUUGCUGGAGAAACACAGGGCAGCCUCAGUGUAGCCCAAGAUGAACUAGUCACCUUCAGUGAAGAACUGGCCAAUCUGUAUCACCAUGUCUGCAUGUGCAACAAUGAAACUCCAAACAGAGUGAUGCUGGAUUACUACAAGGAAGGUAAAGGAGGACGCAGCAGUCCAGAAACUAAGGGAAGAAAAUCCCCUAUUCUUCUUUCUAAGGGGCUGUUAUCUAUAGAGCUAGGAAAGCCAGAGGGUGGAAGCGGCGACAGCAGCCCAUCUCCAGUGUCAUCUCUGCCAUCUCCUGUGUCAGAUCCUCGGAAGGAACCCAUGAACAUUUAUAACUUGAUUGCUAUAAUACGCGAUCAGAUCAAACACCUGCAGGCUGCUGUGGACAGAACAACCGAGUUGUCUAGACAGCGUGUUGCCACCCAAGAACUUGGGCCAGUAGUAGACAAGGACAAGGAAGCUCUCAUGGAAGAAAUUCUGAAGCUGAAGUCCCUGCUAAGCACCAAGAGAGAACAGAUAGCAACUCUAAGGACUGUGCUGAAGGCCAACAAACAGACUGCGGAGGUUGCCCUUGCCAACCUGAAAAGCAAGUAUGAAAAUGAGAAAGCCAUGGUGACGGAGACGAUGAUGAAGCUGCGCAACGAGCUGAAGGCUCUGAAAGAAGACGCUGCGACCUUCUCUUCCCUGAGAGCCAUGUUUGCUACGAGAUGUGACGAGUACGUCACGCAGCUGGAUGAGAUGCAGCGGCAGCUUGCGGCGGCCGAAGAUGAGAAGAAGACUCUGAACUCGCUGCUGCGGAUGGCCAUCCAGCAGAAACUGGCCCUCACCCAGCGCCUGGAGCACCUGGAGCUGGACCAUGAGCAGUCCAAAAGGGUGCGCACAAAAUCUGCCUCCAAAGCCAAGAGCAGUAACCCGAGUCUGUAGAGUAGUCCCUGGAGAAGGCCUUUCCAACAGUGCAACAGCAUUCUUAGCCUCUCAUUGGGGCUAAAAGUGGUAGCCCGUUGCACAAAGAAUGGAUCUGACCCUACCUAACCUUAAAAACCUCCUUUCCUCUCUGCUACCCGUAACUCUCCUUUAUGUCUCAAGCUAUAAAACAAACAAGCUUUACCUAUAAGUGCUGCUGCAGUAAGAAAACUUACAAGUGCUGAAGAAACCUACUUCAAAAGUAAUGAUCACCAUACUCAUUUAUGAUCUACUAGAAAUGUUCAGAUGGGGGAAUUUCCUAUUUCAUUGCAGAUGCUCAUUUUUUAUCUGAUUGUUAAACCUGUGCACUUUUGAUAUUUUGAUAUUUUACUUUAGCUUCUUUAAUUCCUUAUGUAGAAGAGUUUAUAUAGAUGCAGUGGUUUGUGCUCAUAGUUUCUCUCAGAUUUGGGCUUGUGAUUGUUGAUUUCUACAUCAGCAUGUGGCAGAGACUUUUUUGGGGGCUCUAGACUGUGUUUAGAAAGAGUUUCAACAAAAACCAUGAGCUCUGCUAAACUAUGUGUGUGCUGUGCUUCAGCAGCUUUUUUAUUAUGAAAUGUUAAGCUUUAUAUGUUUAAAUUACUGAUUUUUUUUUAACUGCCAUGUUCAUUAAGAAAUCCAGGGUAUUCAAAUUCUGGGGUUUUUUCAUAUUGUAUUAUUAUUCUUAGGAAUAGUUCAAUGUAACAAGAAGAAAACUUGACUUUGCUCUGGUUAAAACAGUAAUAGGCACUUGAAAAAUAUUAAAGAAGUAGUGUUACCUAUAAAUUCCAGAAUUCCUGGGUUUUAGGAAGUUGAAGUAUUAUUGAUUAACAGAAUUUUAUACAACUGUACCAGUUAAAUUCCAAAUUGGAAUUGUUUUGUUACUUUUUCAUUUUAUUGUGCCAAAUUAUGGUACAUUUAGAAAGAAAAAUUCUAAAGUUGUCAAUGAUAGGGUGUUAUAUUUCAGCGCCUUUCUGUCAUUAAUUAUUGCCAGUAGUGCCUUUAAUAAUUUUAAGGGAGAAUCUUAGAAUAGCUUAGUCUAUACAAGAAGAAAAGGAACGGCUGUUUGGGAAUUUAGUCAAGACAUGGAGCAAUAAGUGCAAAGUGAACUCCCCUUUCGCACAUUUUUAAUGGGUAGUCUUGCUAUAGAGAUUAUAUAUACAAGAAAUUGUAAAAAAUUCUGUUAGUCAAUGAUAUUUCAUCAUGCAAAUUCUUGCAAAUUCAGGGGUAUAGAGAAAGAAUAAACAAACAAAAAAAAGCCUAUACCAACCCGAAUACACUUUGGGAACCAAAUGGGCUCAUACCGAACAAAUGAGCAAGCUGUAUUAACACAUUUGUGGUUACGGUGCAGAGGGCGUAAUGGGAAUACUGAUGUUAUUAGCUUCGUCUGGUGGUGGAUGCAGUUAACCAUAGUAUUGUUUGCAAAUGUGAAAGGCGGGACAUUAAUAUCUUCUCUUGCAUGUUGUAUCUAAUCACUGUAAUUUCAGGAAACAGAAA